UGUGUGUGUGUGUGUCUUUUUUUAAUGUGCUUUCAUUCCUCUCCUCUCGCUGCUUUUCUCACUUCUUUUUGACUUGAAAGAAAAUCAAGGCCACAGAUGUCACACUUAACUGCUGAUGGUUGUGACAGUCUGGUUAUAUUACAGUCAUUCAUUCUUUAAUCGGCUCCAUCAGAUAUUAGAACAUCCUCAUCCAAAUCUAUAAUUACUAAUGUUUUCUUGACAGUCCCGUUUACACAGGAAUCUUUUACCCAUCCGACAUUAGAGGAUUUUGGCAAAGGACCAUGAGAGGUAAGAAGGGAGGCCAAAUGUGAAAAACAAACGUGUCCGCCUUUUUCUCACCUUUAAACCGAGAUGCAGUCAUCGUGCUCAGAUCAGUCUGAGGAAGAAGGACAGAGGACAGGACUAAAGCUGAAUUCUCUGCUGGUCAGCAUGCAUGCUCCGAACGUGUCAGCGCUGCUCUUUCUUCUGCUGCUGAGCUUCCUGCCUCCUGCAGAGGGGAGCGAGGCGGCUGGCAGGAGGGAGGAGAGGGAGAAGCGAAGCGUGCCGUACUGGGGCCUGUGGUCAUCUGACUUUUUCGGAUGGUUGGAGGAGCUGCGAGCCCAGGCGGCCGAUAAUGGGAUGCUGGACUUGGCUCGCACCUUCUGGGCUCACUUCCCCAUCAGCAGCGAGCUGGGCUAUGACCGUCCCGAGCCUGAGACUGAGGCUGAGGAGUGAGAUGAAGGGUACAGAUGGAAAACUGAAAGAUGUUAGUACAGGAAGAAGUUACCUGUAUUACUUGUUUAGAUGUUUACUGGAAAAAAUCAUCACAUAUGAUGAUAAUCAUUGUUAUUAGAGUUUCUUACAUGCUUUAAACAUUGCAAAAAAACCAAAACAAUGUCAAUAUGCAUUUUAUCUAAACAUGUUUACAGCAGGGAGAUAUAAUGUGGAAUUAAAUAAGUAGAUAUAAACUUGGAGCAUCUUACUUUAGCUUCUUUACUCUGUCUGUAUUACACUGGCACAUGGUCGAGGUUAUCCCACCUCUUGCUCACUGACACCUGGGAUACGCUGCAGUCAUUAAAAAUAAAGCACAAAGAGUGAAAUAAAUUUAGAGCAAAUUGCAGCAGCACAGCUUUGUUUGUGCUUCCUUCUCUUCCCAUUUGUGCCGUGGAGUAAAUCAUUCAAACUGUAUGUAAAGUACCUGAAAACCAAAUCACUCCAAUAACAUCACAUUAUCAGUCACAGGAACUAUUUUAGUGCUAAAUGAGCACUUUUACUUUUUGCUGGUUUGAGUAUAUUUUGUACGUGCUGACAGUUUAGCUCAGUAAAUGCAAAAACACAGUGAGAGGUGGAGACUGCUGACUGUGCAGUUGCUUCACUCCAACAGAGCACCUCUGGGGUGUCGUGGAACAGGAGACUCACACUGUGGAAGUGUAAGGAUGCGACGCUGUCAUGAGAUCGAAGUCUCCGAGGAAUGUUUGCAGCACCUUGCUCUGUGUUUUGAAUCUGUGCCAUGAAGAAUCAUGAAGGCAAAAUGGAUGCAAGUCCUGCGAAAACCUAAAUAUGCUCCAUAAUUCAGUAGCUUGCAGAACCAGCUUUAGCAACAGUAAUUUGAAAUAACUGUUUCCUGUGUGAGUUUAUCAGUCUCUCCCAUUGCUGAGGAAUUUUGGCCCAGUUUUCUUUAAAAGGUUCAUUGAGGUUUGCAGGCAUUCAUUUAUCCACAGCUCUGCUAAGUCCUACCGCAGCACAUCAGUCAUGUAGAGGUCUGUGCUUUGGCUUGGCCAUUGAAACAUGUUGAUCCUUUUCUUUUUCUGCCAUUCUUUUGUAGAUUUGCUCCUGUGCCUGGAUUUUCCUGUUGCAUGAACCCGUUUCAGCCAAGCUUUAGCUGUUAAACAAAUGGAUUCGCAUUUGACUCUAGAAUACUUUGAGUACAGAGGGAUUCAUAGUUGAGUCAAUGACUGCAAGGUGCCCAGGUCCUGUGCCUGCAAAACAUGUAACAAUCACCACAGUAACCACCGCUGUGGUACCAAAUUCAGCAGGUGGCUGCAUUUGCCAGACUUGUUCAAUCUGUUUCUAAUCGCACCGUCUGAACUUCACUCUAGCUGAGACCUGUAGAGUCUUGACACGUCGCUCUCUCUUCUCUUCUUUAAGAUCAUUGCUCACGUUUUUCCUCUUUGGUGUUGUGUUCAUGCACACCUGAAGGCUCACAACCAACAAACUGCCAGAACCUCUGCUUUUACAGAGGCACUCACGCUCACUGAUGGUACAUGAAUCAAGCGCAUUUGACAGGCAGCACCUGGCUGAUAUUUACCACUCAUAAUUCCCAUGGAAAUAGGAAGGGUUUACUUAUUUUUUUCAACAGCAGAUCUUCAUUUUAGCUUUGUUGUUUUUUUACACUGAACAAAA